AUGCUAUGGGUGCCAAGACUGCGGCGGAUACAGCCGACGGCGACGCGGCAUUUAUCGUAUAUACUGGGCAUUGAGACCAGUUGUGACGAUACAGCAGCAGCAAUACUUGACGAAAAUGGACAUGUGCUUAGUAGUGUCAUUUCGUCACAAUGGGAACUACACGCCAAGUGGCGAGGAAUUGUACCGGCGCUUGCAGCACGAGCACAUGCAGAUAAUUUGCCACAUGUGAUCAAUGCUGCUGUCGAACAAAGUGGAAUUGAUAGCUUGCAGCAAUUGUCGGCGGUGGCAGUGACAUCUGGUCCAGGACUUGCUCCAUGUCUUAAUGUGGGGCUACAAAUGGCGCGACAGAUUUGUCUUGACAACAAAGACAUUGCAUUCCUUCCGAUCAAUCACUUGGAAGCUCAUCUUCUCGUUUCAAGAUUACCACAAUUUGCUCUUCUACGACCGGAAUUUCCUUUUCUCGUACUGCUUGUGUCUGGAGGUCACUGCUGUCUUGUUUUAGCGAAGGGUUUGGGAGAUUAUGAACUGCUUGGAAACACUCUUGACGAUUCCAUUGGAGAAGCCUUUGAUAAGGUCGCUCGAAUGUUAGAUCUCGCAGCUUCUAGAGAAGGUAGUGGAAUGCAUGGAGGGAGAUUGAUUGAGGACAUGGCAGCACGUGGCAACGAUCGUGCGUUUUUAUUUACAGAGUCUAUGAAGCAUCGAAAUGAUUGCAAUUUUUCUUUUUCUGGAAUGAAGACAGCAAUGCUUCGAGAGAUCAAGAAGCUUGAUGAAGUAAACGAGAAGACGAAAGAAGACCUUUGUGCUUCUUUUCAACGAAGAGCAGUAGAUCAGUUGAUAACUCGAGUCCGACGAGCUUGUCAAUGGAGCAAAGAGCGCAUGGGUGAUAAAGUCACCAGUAUAGUUAUAUGUGGUGGUGUAGCAUCUAAUCAAUACCUUCGAAGUCGCAUGGAAGCAGUAGCAAAAGAAGAGAGUGUAGCAACUGUAUUUCCACCAGCAAAAUAUUGCACUGACAAUGCUGUCAUGGUUGCUUGGGCAGGACUUGAGUGGUAUGGUCAUGUACCACGUGCCGCAAAAGGGCGAGGCAAGAGUUUAGAAGAAGGUUGUAGUGUGAUGGCUGUGACGGGGGAAAAGGAUGUUGCUGCUAUGGCUCAACAGAUCGCACAGAUAACACAGCGUGAUGGAUGGACGUCAGAUAAAAGUGUUGUGCCUGAUAUGCAACGACUGCUUGGUAAACUUACGACUUUGACAGUUGAUAAAGACUUAUUGCAGCGUACAAAGAUUGGUGCAGCUGUGAAUAAACUUAAGAAACAUGAUGAUGAGAUUGUACGUGGCUAUAGUCAAAGUCUGACAAAGAAAUGGAAGAAUCAGGUGGGUAUUGCUACGACGACGUCAUCCCAUGGACUACCGAAGAGACAACGUGUACCAAGUCCAUCGCCACCUAAACAAAUAGAAGCAGAGGAUCAAAAGAGAUUGGAGAGUGCGAGGAAGAAGCUACAAGAAGGAUACGCGUAUGAGAAAGCCAAAAGAGACUCACGGACAGUACAGGUACUUAGUGGACCUGUUUCAAAGGGUAGAAGGGGUACGAAAGUAUCUACUACUAUGUCAAGAAGCUCAAUUAGCGCUGCACAGCGUCGGCCGCUCUCUACUGCACUUCACAGAGCGGCAUCAGCACCUCCGGCACGUCGAGUGAUGCCUGCAUCUAGAGUUCAACAGCAAUCAAGGCGUCCUGGUUCAUCCACUGCCAAUAUGUCAGCAGAAGAAAGGCAUCGACAGCGCCAAUUAAAGUACAGAGCACUUUCGGGACAAGUAGAAAAGAGAAGUGACAAUGUUCGGCGAGAUCCUGAGCAUGUCUGGAAUAGCACACAAGUGGAUGGUAGAAAGAAAUCUGGUUCGCGGUCUGCCAGCUCGUCCUUAUCGAAACGUAGUUCAGGAUCAAGCGCAGUUUCUCCUGCGUUUGUCGAACGCAAGGCUAUGCUGGAUAAAAUGUAUCCUCGUGUAUGUGGAGUUGGAGUGGCUUCAACUGUUAGUAACGCAUCAAGUGGAACGAAAAAGAAAACUAGUACAGCAGCAAGAAAGAAAGAAGUAAAUUAUACAGAAGGUCAGCGAGAGGUGCUGUCUUGGCUCAAGGGGUUGACCGUCGAUAUGAGUGAAUACGCUUCGGCGUUCUUUGAAAAUGGGUUCGACUCCGUAAAGCUUCUCAGUACGAUCGAAAAAUCGGAUCUUCCAUCUCUAGUACCGAAGAAAGGUCAUCAUCGUUUGAUUCAACAGGCUUUGGACGAAUUACGACAGAAACACUCGACAGCUGCCUCUUCACGUCGGCGUGACCAAUUUCUGAAAGAGCCGCGUCCUCGACGUCGUGAUCCGUUUGAAGACGAAGAUUCAGAUGAUAGUUUUGUAGUGAGCGAUGAUGGCGAGUAUCGUCCUGGCCACAUAGCUGCCAUGUUUCGCAAAAAUCGAAAGCGUCAGUAUUCGUACGACUCAGACGACUCAAUCAAUAUGGAAGCAUCGUUCGAUGAGAUCCAGAAAGAGGAAAAGCGCAGUGCUCUGUAUGGUGAGUAUGAAGAUUAUCGAGAGGACUUGCGGAAUAAAAAAAUGCUCAAGAAGAAAAAGUGA